UUCUCCAAAUUUCAUUUUAAUUUUCCGUUGAGGUCUGCUGUCGUUCUUCUGUGCACCUUGCACUGGCACCUAGGGAUUCAGCAUCACCCAUAGCCAUGGCGAGUUCAAGCUCUGCGGCUCGCAUCGAUCCUGAGAUCGUAAUCUCCCACAAAUUUCCCGAGGUGACGUUCUCCUACAGUGAAAGAGAUGCGGCUAUAUAUGCUCUAGGCGUUGGAGCUUGUGGAAGAGAUGCGGUCGACGAGAAGGAGCUUAAGUACGUUUUCCAUCAGGAUGGUCAGCAAUUUAUUGAAGUUUUGCCUACUUUUGCUGCUUUGUUUCAAUUUAAAAACAAUAAAAGUUUCAUUCUCACAGAUAUUCCUGGGCUGGAUUUUGACCCUAAACUACUAUUGCAUGGCCAGCAAUACAUAGAAAUCUACAAACCUUUCCCUUCAAGUUGCUCUGUUAAGAAUAAAGUAACUGUUGCUGGCUUGCAUGACAAAGGCAAAGCGGCUAUCAUUGAAAUUGAAACCACCAGUUAUAUAGAAGAAUCUGGCGAAGCUCUGUGCACGAACAGAAGUGCACUGUAUCUGCGUGGGUCUGGUGGUUUCUCAAAGCCCUCAAAGCCAUAUUCAUAUACAAACUAUCCAGCCGACCAAGUUUCUUCUGUUUCAGUUCCCAAACAUAAACCUUCUGUGAAAUAUGAGGAACAGAUCCCGCAAUCUCAGGCUUUGCUAUAUAGGCUUUCUGGUGAUUACAAUCCUCUGCACUCUGAUCCUAUGGUUGCAAAAAUUGCUGGAUUUGAUCGACCGAUAUUGCACGGCCUAUGCUCCCUUGGAUUCGCUAUCAGAGCUAUCAUCAGAUCUAUUUGCAAUGGUGACUCGACGGCUGUGAGGAGUAUAUUCGGUCGCUUUCUUCUCCAUGUGUACCCAGGGGAGUCUCUAAUUACAGAAAUGUGGAUAGAGGGUCCAAAGGUCAUAUAUCAAACGAAGGUGAAGGAGAGGAAUAAGGCAGUCCUUUCAGGUUAUGUAAUGCUCAAACACAUUCCUUCCUCAUUGUAGACUAUUAUGCAUGUUCUUCCAUACAGUCGCUUGUUAACUUUUACUUGUGGUAAUAAUUUGCAAGUAGUUCUACUGUACUUGUAUUAAUAAUAUUGAAAUACCUUGUAUUGUAAAUAAGAGGGUUUAACAUUCAUACCACAUAAUUCUUAUGCAUGU